UCGAUACUGUACAUUUGCAAAAUAAAUAAUUAAUUUCACCAACGGAUUGAACAGCAUGGUCUACAACGUAUCAGGAAACGUUAAAGACGACGGAAAGGUUCCUUUGACGGAAUCGGACCCAGAGGGACAAUGGGAAACGGGUUCAACUGAAACAAUGCUGCGUGGAAAAUCUCGUAAGAGAGGAGGAGUGAACGUCUGUUGCAUUGCUGUGCCUUGGUUGCUGGUGAUCGUUUGCUUGCUCCUAAUGGGAGGAAUUGGCAGUUGGGGCUGGGGAGAACACUACAAGCUUAAAGAAUUGAUUGAACAGCAAAAACAAAAAAAUGACGUCACUGUGAAUGAAGACAUGUUGCCGGUAGCACCAAACGUUAUCAACGACAACAAAGAACCGAUUGACCCUUUGUUAGACAUCAGCAAUCCUCUCGAUUACCCUAUGCCUGUCAAUGAGGUCAUCAUUAUUGACCCACCGCUCCCCGAGAUUCAAAUCAGUGAGGAAAUUGACAUCGGAAUUGACCUUGAGCCCGACAUUCCAAUUGAAACUUUGGACAAGGAAAACGAAAAUGUGGAAGAUAUCGAUACCGAAGGAUCGAAUCUAGAUUCUGAAAUCCCAACAGAAACCAACAACGCUACAAAACCAUCAGAAGAUGAAAAUCAAACUGAUGACGAGAUAUUGGAUCCCUCAAUGAUGAAGCCUGGGAUCCUUUCAUCCAACGAAAAUGUGAUGGAUGAUUUGGUACCCGGUAUUAUUAAUCCGUCUCUCCCAAUCUUCCCAAACGAACCCGACCUCUCUAACAUAAAUGGCAUGAUUUCUGACCUCGAUGACCCUGACUUCCCUUCUGACGUUUUCAACCCGGAAAGUGUUGUUCCUAUUGCCUUCAAUGACGGAAUUAACAACGAAAAGAUGAACCUGGAAGUUAUCCCAGCUGUUGACGACACGAAAGAAAAUCCAGAAUAAAACAUGCAAAGUAUGGAAAUUGCAUUCAAACUUUUGUCAGGGUUCACCAAUUGAGUGUAUCAUAGAAUGACUAUUGCCAUGAACGCAAUAUAUAUAUAAUUCUGUAACAAUAACGACUUUGUUUUGAGAGUUUUUUGGCCUUUUAUUGUUCUUAUUGCUUUUUAUAUUUUCCUCCUUUGUUUGUGAGAUUGAUAUUUUUGUUCUCUAACACCGUUUCGCCCGUUUAGGUAGGUUUUGUUUCGCCCAUAUUAUGCAUUUGUAGUUUGUAAUCUAACAAAAGCCUAUUUCAUACAAUUACUAGAAUAUAAACGUUUAACUCAUCUCGGUGAUUUUGAAAACUACCAAUUUUGUUGAUUAUUUGAUAACGUCUUCAUGAAAUUAUAAACAUUUUCAGCUAUAAAAUUAAUAGUUAAACUCAAGUCUCAAUGUCUUUCUUCGGCUGUUGAAGACAACAACCUAAUCUUAAAAUGUAAAUCGUAGUUUUUGAGGAUGACUUCCAACACAUCUUAAUAAGAAAUUAUUAUGUUGCAUACAACUGCUGGAUUUUAAUCUAGUUUGAUGGCAAAUUAUUUAGAACUUUGCACUUUAAUGAGAUGCUAGCCCCAUCGAGAGCGCAGGAUACAUGCUUGCAUCUGAGGGUUGACACAUUUACCCCAACAGACGACCAUACUGCUGCUGAAUUUUAAUUUAAUCCAAAUAUGCAUUUGUUAUUUUUUUCAAUAUACAUAAAAACAAAAGUUUGUUUGCUUCUACAAUCUAUAACUAUAAAGUAUCGCCUUCUCGAAUGAUGGAAAACUUUUAACUUUAAUAUUCUGAAAGUUGCCUUCCAUGAACUUAUAAUUGAAAUAUUGCUCCAAUUUGAUUUUGUUCCCUUUUAUGUGCUGUAUACAUGAUCCAACCCUCCAGAUAGAUUUUAAAUAUCGAGGUUCUUAUUAGCUUUUAUGAAGUUUUUAACCUUUACUGGUUUGUUUUUGUUUUCAUCAAGCGUUAUUCUGUAGCUGAUAAUAAAUUUUCAUAUUGUAUAUAUAU